CUUAUUCCCAAGGCAGACCGAAAAAAGAUUCACGAGUACCUCUUCCGUGAGGGUGUGCUCGUGGCAAAGAAGGACUACAACCUCCCAAAGCACAACGACAUUGACACCAAGAACCUCUAUGUCGUCAAGGCCUGCCAAUCCCUCACUUCCCGCGGCUACGUCAAGACUCAAUUCUCGUGGCAAUACUACUACUACACUCUCACUCCAGAGGGUCUCGACUACCUCCGCGAAUGGCUUCACCUUCCCGCUGAGAUCGUCCCUGCUACGCACAUCAAGCAGCAGCGAUCCCACGCUCCGCCUCGCGGCAUGAUGGGUGGUGAGGGUGAGCGCGAGCGCAAGCCUUUCGGUGGACGUGGCGGCCGUGGUGGUGACAGAGAUAGAGGUGAUCGCGAGGGAGGUUACCGCAGACGUGAUGCUGGCGGCGAGGGCAAGGAGGGUGCACCAUCUGGAGAGUUUGCUCCUCAAUUCCGUGGUGGAGUCGGACGUGGUCGAGGAGCUCCU